CAGGAAGCUAGAGAAAGCGAGAUUCGAAGAUUGAAAAGAACGCAGGAUGAAAUCGAGGCCGUAGAGAGAAGGGAGUCACUUAAGUACGACCCGGAUUGGAUAGCGGGACUUGUGACGUCUUCAAGCGGAAGAGUGGCCAAAACAAAAAAACCGACGAAAUCAGUUAAGACAAUGACGAGGCAUUAUAGAAGAAAUAGGCAGGUGACCACUACAAGUGACAGCAGGGAUGCCAUUAAAACUGGUCGAAGACCCCCAGAAACUAUAGCAUCAACAGAAACGGAUCUUGGUCAGCCAAUAACAGAAGAGGAUCAGGAGGAUCAGGCGGAUUUAGAGCGACUUUUUAAUGAAAAAACACGCAGAUGGCUUCCAUCAAAAGUUCCCGACUUUGCAGAUGUCCAAUCAUCUGGAGCAACCCAAGAUGAAGAGGCUGUUUGUACGCCAUCCACUGCGGCGUUUGAGGACGAGCCUUUGGAAGAAUGGAUGAUUCAUGUUGCGCCACCAGAUGAAGAAGAGGAAGUAAACAUGCUAGAUGAAGAAUUCAUGGAGAAGGACUUCAACGAUGCUCUAUACGCAGACCCAUUUUUAGAAUCUUUUGAAGAUGAUUAUUUUGGCGACAAUUUGUAUGAUUUUCACUCAAAGUUCAUGCUGGAAAAAAUAUUACAGGGGAAUCCUUCAAAAUAUAAACUCUGCACCCUUUACAUAGAAACCAACCAGAAGGCUCAUGCAAUUCCGAUAGGCACAAAUGAACAAAUACCGCGUAUUGAACUAUACGGCAGAACACGUUCUGGGCUUGCUUUUAAUGAAUCGGAUGUUGUCGUUGAAGUGUUUAACCCACCUAAAAGAGAUCCAAUACCAAGCCAUACAUACAGAGGAAAAGUUAUUGGUGUAUGGUUCGAACCCCGUGUCAAAAAGUUCUCUCGAUUUGCAUGUACCAUUGACGACUACAGCAGUAACCUUGCAAAGCCAAUAUGCCAGACAGUUCCUAAGAUUAAGCUCCUUGGAUUCCCUGACUACGUCCAGGAGAAAGAUGAAUCAUAUGUCCCUAUAUACUCUGUAGAAUAUAACGGCCAAUUGAAAUACAAAAAGAAGAUGAAGAUAGAGGCCAAAUACAAAGAUGACAUCAUACUCUUGGUAAGAUACCUGAAAUGGAAGCCCUUCCAUGUUUUUCCUCUUGGGGUUGCUGUUGGUGUCUUGAAGGGUAGCGCAUCACUAGAGAGAGAAAUGAGGCUACUCAUGAUUCAACACGACCUUGUUAAAACGUUCCCAACACAUGUUGCUGAUCGAGUAAAGGCUUUGUCCAAAAAACACAAAAAAAUCCCCGCGCGUGAGAUUAAAAAACGAUUGGACUACAGGGGCGUAGUGACCCUGACAAUUGACUCCGCCGAUACACGAGAUAUCGACGACGCAUUGAGUGUUGAAGAAAUAGGAGACGACAUCACCCGCAUCGGGGUUCACAUCGCUGACGUCACGUAUUUUGUUAAGAAGGAUGACCUGAUCGACAAAGAGGCUCGAGCACGAGGUGUCAGCUUUUAUCCUCCCCAUGAUCAACCACGCAUAUUCAUGCUACCGGAUGAACUCACAACAUCCAUGUGUAGUCUCGUCGAGGGAGAAGAUAGGCUGGCACUUUCAGUAUUCUUUGAUUUUGAUAAAAAAUUAAACAAGGUUUCCAAACAUACCAUUAAGAGAACGGUGGUGAAAUCGAAACAGAAAUUAUCCUAUGAAGAAGCAGAGGACAUACUGUGCGGGACAGGACUUCCAAAUGAAAUAAGCAACACUUUGAAAAAAUUACAUCACAUUGCAAGUAAAAUUCAGGCCCAGCGAUUGAAAGAGGGGUCUGCUUUUAACCAGUUUCAGGACAAAGGUGCCCCUAUGGCUCACGUGACUGUGGAAGAAUUCAUGAUCUUGGCUAACGUGACCAUAGGGCGAUCCCUUGGCGAAUCAUUUCAGCAUGUUCUUCUACUUGUGCAAGACCCUCCUGUGGAUUCAGCUUUGCAAAUGUGGCAAAAGGAGUUCAACCAAGUAGCCAAGCACUCCACCACAUUGAAAAAUUACCGACGAAAAUAUGACACAAACGCGCCACCUGGAUCAAAGCAGAGGCAGUUGGCUACGCUGCAUUUGAGGGAAGCGCUGUGGAAGAAAGCACUUGAGCUUUCCAGGAAUGGGGGUGGGCAGGAACUUUUGGAGAUAUUUUCCAGAGAACAGCAUGCUCCCUUAAUAUACAGUGCACACUGGAACCUUAUCGAACUCCAACGACCGACCCGAAUGGCAGCUUACAGUUCCGCUGCCAUCCCGUCCCAGUAUAAAAGGCACCACGGACUGAACAUGACGGACUACACUUGGUUUACGUCUCCGAUACGAAGAUACGUGGACAUCGUAGUUCACCGUUUUGUUCACGCCAUGCUUGACAAGGCAGAUGACACUCCGCCUUAUACCCAAGAAGAAUUGAAAGAAAUUUGCAAGGAGAUGAAUGCGCUCCACAAGAAAGCGAAGAAGUUCCAUGGUGCAUGUGAACUCAUGCAAUUCUGCCUCCAGUUGAAAGAGAACACGACGAGCACCAUACUUCCAAUAGUUACUGCAUUGGACGAUUCCUUUAUCCAGCUACGCUUACCGUGUUGUGAAGACAUCCCCUCGAGGCAUCUGAGACUGCGCUUUGGGUCUAUGGGCCUGAACCAGAGACCCAGUUUAGAGCAAGACACAGGUGCGCAAAUUCAGUUUUGUCCUCUAAGAUGGAAGAAGAAGUUAUAUGACAGGGUGGCAUUUCCAAAACCCACGGACGGGAAAAGACAACAACGCGCCCAGGAUUGGCACGAUGUUAACCCAAAUCAGUUCUUGACUCCGUUGCCUGUACGUGUGUGGGACGACAUCAUUGAGGCUGUUAGCCAACAAAAUCCCCAGGCUCUUUUGACAUUGAUCCAAAAGAAACACGAAAAUAUAGCUAGCGAGGCUCAAGAAGAAAAAGAAAAAUUCAAUGUCAACAUAAACACUGAUGCCUAUCGCAACAGAGACGGGACUAUCGCAAAUAAGGAAUCUAAGCUCCAGCUAAAAAUGACCCUUGGGACAGUUGUUCGAGUUCUAGCUCAGGUAAAGUUCCAUAGAGGAUCUCUUUGUCCCAGGCUGUCUCUAAUGAGCUUGUCGCCCAAUGCGCACAUAUGCUUAAAACACCACGACGACCCUGUGGCCUGUUUUUGUGACAUUUCCCCAGUAAAACCUUUAGACGAUACAUAUACAGACGUGAAGACCUAUCAGUCAACUCUGAUCCCUCUACUGCAGAUAGAAGGCGCACAAGCGGCUGUUAUAGACGAAGUUUCUUUGACCGUCCGGAACGUGAGGGUAUCGUGGAUGAAGAAACAUAGGAACUGGUAUGGGAGCGUAGUGCUAGGAGACACCUUCUGUGAAGACCGGGGUAUCAGGCUCUCCUCCAGCCAGGAAGAUGACGGUGAUGCAGCUGCUAACCCUGAUAGAAUUGUAGACACCGGCGAGUACAGAGGGUAUGUGUGCAUUGUUUACCGCGACCUUCCGCCUGACUCCCAAUGCGUCAGUUACAGUGGUGCUACUGGCGAUUGCCCCGUUGACCAUCAGUCGUCUCAUAGCGAGCCGUCAUCUAGAAGCAUCUGUUUGCCGCAGUACAACUCAGACGCAGAAUCCACGUGGUUGGGACAUGGUCUGAUUGUUCAUGUGAGACGCAGGGACAAGAGGGUGGUUUUUAAACUCCAUGAUGGCAUUGUUCCGGAGACGAUCGAGUCCAAAACCUAUCCGAAAUUAGCCACAGUGGAAUUUUUGGACAGAAUAAUGCCGUCCGUGCGAAUGGAAAAUGCGGUGCGAAGUCUUGGUGAAGCAACCAUCUUGGCCAAAAAUAUCGCUUUGGGUAAAGCCAAUCUCAGAGAUGUGAUGAACGAUAGAGACUUUAAAGAUGUGAAGACAUUUUUUGACCUCCACGAGGAAGACCCAGAAAAGAAGAAACAAAGGAAAAAAAGAAAAGAACCGUCUCGCGUGAAAUCCGAAGACCUUUUUGACAGAAGAACUAUAUAUUCUAAAGGGCGUUAUUUGGAGAAUUAUCUUCCGAGAGCCAACGAGAAACAAAGGGAAGCGGUGAUAUCUGCCAUAAUGAAACCAUUCUCACUGAUUCAAGGACCACCAGGCACAGGCAAAACGCUUACAGGUAUCCGUCUGGCGUACUUAUUCGUAGAAUGGAAUCGCAGAAACUCCCCAGGAGAAAGAAAACAUGUGCUGUAUUGUGGACCGUCUAACAAAUCAGUUGAUGUGGUUGCAG